AUGGGCCCCGCCGGCAGCCGCUGGCCGCUGGUCGGCACCGUGCUGAUGGCCGUGGCCGCUUCGCUGGUGGCGGGGGGCGAGGACUGCCUGUGGUACGUGGACAAGAACGGCUCGUGGCAUCCCGGCUUCGACUGCGAGGCUCUGUCGUUCUGCUGCGGCUCCUGUCACCAGCGGUACUGCUGCUACGACCCCCUGCGCCUCCUGACCGAGCGCCAGCAGCGCCACUGCCUCGCCUUCAGCCCUAAGACCAUCGCGGGCAUCGCCUCGGCCGUGGUGCUGUUCAUCGCCAUCGUCACCACCAUCGUCUGCUGCUUCAUGUGCUCCUGCUGUUAUCUGUACCAGCGGCGGCAGCACCUCCGCACCCCCCUGCAAGGCCCUGAGAUCCCGCUGGCCAGCUAUCCUGCACCCCCACCUGCUCCCUUCCCUGUGGACCCCAAAGCCGGCCCCAUGCCCCCCCAGCCCGGCUUCGCCCCCAUGGCCAUGUACCCACCCACCGGCCCCGCCGCCCAGUACCCGCUGUACCCCUCAGGACCCCCGGUCUACAACCCUACAGCACCACCACCCUACGUCCCCGCACAGCCCAGUUAUCCCGGUGCCUGAGCCCCCCUGGGGACUCCUGUCUCAGUGGUGACACCCAUAGGGGACACAGCGGGGGGGGGGGUCC